AUGCAAAGUUCACCUUCACUACGGAACGCCAAAGAGCGCGAAAGCAUAGCCUACUCACAAGUUCCGCUCUCCGAUCCUACGCCAUUCUCCGAUUCGAUCUCAUUUUCCGACGCAAUCUCCUUCUCCGAUACUCCACUAUCCAAUCAAACUCCCUCAAAUGCUGUUCCACCUUCUUAUAACGACGUCAGCGGUCCGGUCAUCAUAGACCAAGAUGGAAAACCUAAAUUCCUGUCGCCAGAGGAAGAAGUUGAACGACAACGACGAUUGGAGACUGUCGUGCGAGAGAAGAUGUUAGGGCUACCUCGAACGACGACCUUUGAAUGGCAUCAAGGAACAUCGGCUUCCGAAGAAUUACAACUACCACCUUACACUCCCAAAGAAGAGAAGAAAUGA